AUGGCCACAGACUUUAGCUCCAAUCGAUGCGCCUCUCCCCUCGAGGAGUAUGAAGUGCCUAUCAGGCACCCCGAUCUCUACUUCGAGGACGGCAACCUGUCUAUCGUCGCUGGGCGACAGUACUUCAUCGUCCACCGCGGGCUCUUAUGCCGUCACUCCGAAGUCUUGCAAACUCGCAUCGAUUCCAUCAAGACAACGGACGAACGCAUGCUGGAGGGUCUCGCUGUACUAUACUUGGACGACUCCCCAGAGGACCUCGCUCAUUUUCUCCGCGCUUUGUACGGGUUGUCUCAUGACAGCACAGCGGAGGAAUUUGCUAUGAUUUCUGCCGUUCUUCGCCUCGCUACGAGGUAUGGAGUGGAGACGCUGCGCGAAUCUGCCCUAAGGACCCUAUCACUCUCUUGGCCCGAGACGCUACCAGUAUGGGAAGUACGCGAAAAAGCCGUCACAUCCGUUGAUGGUAUCUAUGCUCCUCGUCCCGGACUACCUCAUCCCCUCGUGCUCAUCAGGCUUGCCCGGGAGGUCGACGCCCCUCGUCUCCUUCCCUCGGCAUUCUACGACCUAUCGCGAUACCUUCCGAGUCAACUCAUGGAAGGGCACACAACGGCGGACGGCGUGCACCACGAGCUCGACAUCGACGACCUAUGCCGCGUUCUUAGGGGCAAAGAACAAGCAGCGCGCUUCUUCUCCACCUUCAUCGUCACCGAACUCGAGGGACGCACUCCCUCGCAGCUCUGCAUGCACCGCAACGAAGUGCAGCCGUCGCUCAAGCGCGCCUGUCAGAUGGCGUUCGAGGCGGUCACUUUCGAGCUGAUCCGCGACGUCAACGGCAUGGUCUGCAAUCGGAAUAGCGACCCCCUCUUCUCGAUAGGGGAGAGCGUUACGAUGCAGACGCGAGAUGACCAUCCUGGGAUCGAAAACAAGGCCGCCUACCGGGCGUGUGAGGCCUGCCGGUUGGAGUAUAGCGUGAUCGUGGAGGUGGCGAAAGAGGAGUUUUGGAGGCAACUUCCGUCUUGGUUCGAGCUGGACGUGAAGCGUUGGGCGUGA